CAGUGGAGCUUAGGGGAGGGGACCAGAGAAGAAGGGCCGAGCAAACCCGGAGGAGAGAGGAGGGGAGACCCGCCACCUCCCUUCAUUGCUCUCAGACUUGUUCCCUCCCCGGUCUGCGGCUGCUGCAGGAGCAGCAGCAGCAGCGGCGGCGGGACGCAGGAGCAGUCCUGAGGCUGGCAGCGGAUGAGACUGAGAUGACCUGAGACUGCUGGAUUUGCUACUGUCACUGCUGUUUCCUCUUCCCCACGGGCCCUCUCCCAUCUCUCUUCUCUAAGAUGGCAGCCAGCAGCUCUGAGGUCUCUGAGAUGAAGGGGGUGGAAGACAGUUCCAACACCCAGACAGAAGGUCCCAGGCAUUCUGAGGAAGGACCAGGUCCUGUCCAGGCUGUAGCAGAGAUUCCAGACCAGCCAGAGGCCCUUCAGCCAGGUCCAGACAUCACUGCAGCCCCUGUGGACUCAGGGCCUAAGGCAGAGCUGGCACCAGAAACCACAAAGACCCCAGUUGAAACCCCAGAAACAGUCCAGGCCACAGACCUCAGCUUAAAGCCAGGAGAAGACUCCAAGCCCAGCCCCAGCCCCAGCCCCAGCCCCAACGAGGCAUGCCAAGAGCCAGCAUCCAAACCAGAAGUGAACAGAGAAGCUACAGCAGAGCAAGGGUCUGAGCAGCAGUCUGCAGCCCCUCCUGAGCCAACCCCAGAGCCUGCUUUCCAGCUAAACACACAGUCAGACCCCCAGCCAACUUCCCAGCCUCCUCCUAAACCACCCCUUCAGGCAGAGCCCCCCACCCAAGAGGACCCUACCACAGAGGUCCUGACAGAAAGUACAGGGGAAAAACAAGAGAAUGGAGCAGUGGUUCCCCUUCAGGCUGGUGACGGGGAAGAGGGCCCAGCCCCCCAACCUCAUUCACCACCCUCAACUAAAACACCCCCAGCCAAUGGGGCACCCCCCCGUGUGCUGCAGAAGCUGGUUGAAGAAGACAGAAUAGGAAGGGCUCAUGGUGGGCAUCCAGGAUCUCCUCGAGGUAGCCUAAGCCGUCAUCCCAGCUCCCAGCUGGCAGGGCCUGGGGUGGAAGGGGGUGAAGGCACCCAGAAACCUCGGGACUAUAUCAUCCUUGCCAUCCUGUCCUGCUUCUGCCCCAUGUGGCCUGUCAACAUUGUGGCCUUCGCUUAUGCCGUCAUGUCCCGGAACAGCCUGCAACAGGGGGACGUGGAUGGGGCUCAACGUCUGGGCCGAGUAGCCAAGCUCUUAAGCAUCGUGGCGCUGGUUGGGGGGGUCCUCAUCAUCAUCGCCUCCUGCGUCAUCAACUUGGGCGGUGAGUGGGGGUCGGGGACAGGAAGGGAGGAGUGGAAGGUUGACAAGGGCAGCUUUACUAACCCCUGACCCUGCUCUCUCCUGUCUGUCCUCCCUAUUCCUUUGUCUCUUCCUGUCUCCUCCCCUGUCUGUCUUUCCCUCUCCUCUCCCACAGUGUAUAAGUGAGGGGCUCUGCCCUGCAUUCCAAGACUUUUCUUCCUGUUGGGAGCUGUCUUGGGUCCAUCCCUAUCCUGGGAGAAUCCCAGUCCAUGUCCCUGGCCCCCAUCCCUAGGGACCAAGGGAGCCUGAGCGGCCUUGUUUACAGCUUUUUUCCCACUCCUGCAUCCUGCCAGGCUCCUCUGCCAGCCAUAGGCUUCCCUUUUCCCUGCACUUUUGCCUGCAGACCUCCCCUCCUGCCUCUUGACCUCCCUAACCCUGCACUCUGAAAACCUCUCUGCACUUCUGGAAGCCUUCCUGAACAUCUCAGUUGUCCUCUGCACCUCUGCAUCUCUCCCAGCCUCCCUGCACUUCUUCCUGCCUCUGGAAUUCUCUGAACCUUAAUGAACCCUGACCUCCCAACUUUCAUUGUCUUGGUAUCUAACCCAUCCCUUUCUUCCCUUCCUUAACACCCUUUCUCCGUGCCACAUCCCCUGACCCCUUCUCCCUUCUCAUCUUCCUCUUAGCGUCUUCACCCUCCUGCCAACACUUAGUCUGCAAAAACUGCAGUACUUAGGUCAGGCUGAGGGAAGAAGGAUGGUGUGGGGAGAGGAGCCUAGCUGGGGGCUCUGACUGUUCUCUACUGGGGACUACCCAGGCCCAGACCAUACCCUACCCCAACCCCUAAGGUGCCUAUUGGGUCGCAAAGCUGGCAAGCCAGGCCUUACCUGGGGGACUUUCACAAGAGUGGGAGUCCUCAUUCUGAACAUCCAGGGGAGGAAGGGGUACAGCUGUGGCUGAAGAGUCAGCCUGAAUUGACCUGCCCAUUUGGGCUUUUUAACCUCGGAGUUUCUUGUUUGAAGGUCCAUUUAUGUGCUUUGUAAACAGUAGAAUUAAAAAAAUAGGACCAAAGUUCCCAGCUGCAGGGAGCAAGGGAAGGGCGGGGGAGCUCUGUAAUUAUUCUCUAAGAGGAUGAGGGAGGUUUGUUGCACGCGACAGCCCUCUGAGGAGGCAGAGAGCCAGCUGCGAUGCAUUUCGGAGUUGGUGGGGGGGGAUUUGUUUGUUUCCUUUCUUUAAAAAGAGUUGGGGGAAAACUAAAAUUCCUUUAAAAAAAAUAAAACUGAGUCUCCCUUUUUGUAUGCUGAAUGCUGCAUGAGUCUUAAACACUAAUAAACAGAGAAUGCAUGAGA